UUUAUCUACAUGCUAUUAAUUUAAAGUCAACGAAGUAUGUUCAGUUUAAAAUAUCCUCAGAGUGUGUACAGACUGUGAUUGUCAACAAGUAAAACAAUUUUAAUUAAAAUUUCAAAAAUCAAAUAUUUAUCAUAAUUAUCCAAAGAUGUCGGAGUCAACAAAUACUUUGAGAUGGCGGGGAUUAAGAAACGCGUUAACAAGAAAGAAAACAAUAGAUGCUUCUGCUCCUGAAUCAAAAUUACUCAAGUGUUUAUCGACUUUAGACUUAACAGCUUUGAGUAUCGGAUCAACUCUUGGUGUUGGUGUUUAUGUUCUUGCAGGAGAAGUUGCUAAAGAUUACGCUGGUCCUGCUGGAAUAAUAUCUUUUAUUGUUGCAGCGAUAGCAUCAAUAUUUGCUGGACUUUGUUUUGCGGAGUUUGGUACCAGAGUUCCUAAGGCAGGAUCUUCUUAUGUCUACACAUAUGUGACGAUUGGGGAAUUCCUGGCUUUCAUCAUCGGCUGGGCAUUAAUUCUUGAAUACGUUAUUGGUGCUGCGAGUGUUGUAAAAGCACUCAGUGGGCAUAUUGAUGAAUUUACUCAGCAGACUAUCAGCAAUGCAUUCAGAUCGUUUGCUAAAAUUGAUAUUAAUUAUUUGUCACCUUACAUGGAUUUUCUUGCUUUUGGAAUAACAGUUACAUUUUCAGUGGCUCUGGCAUUUGGCGCGAAAGAAUCUUCACUUACGAAUAAUAUUUGUACUCUAAUUAAUUUAGCAAUUGUAUUAUUUGUUAUUAUUGCUGGAUCAUUCAAAGCUGAUAUAACGAAUUGGAAACUAAACGUCGAAAAUUUGCCAAAAAAAAAUGGUGUUAAUUAUGGUAAUGGUGGAUUUGCACCAUUUGGUUUGUUGGGAAUAAUAUCUGGGGCUGGGAGAUGUUUUUAUGGAUUCAUUGGAUUUGAUUGUAUAGCAACUGCUGGUGAAGAAGCAAAAAAUCCUAAGAAAUCUUUGCCAAUAGCUAUUGUUGCUUCAUUGACUAUUGUUUUUUUGGCGUAUUUUGGAAUUUCGAUGGUGCUAACAACAGUUUUGCCUUAUUAUGACCAAAAUGAUAAAGCUCCUUUUAUUUAUAUGUUCGAUUCUGUCGGCUGGAACUGGGCCACGUACAUUGUUGGUGUCGGCGCAUUUUGCGGACUGACUACGAGUUUAGUUGGUGCAUUGUUUCCUUUGCCAAGAAUUAUCUAUGCGAUGGCACAAGAUGGAUUAUUGUACAAAUGGUUGGGACAAAUAAAUUCGCGGUUUCAUACUCCAAUGACAGGAACUUUAUUAGCAGGACUUUUUACUGGAGCUAUCUCAGCAAUAUUUGACUUGGAACAUUUAUCUCAGAUGAUGAGUCUCGGAACUUUAUUUUCAUAUUCAAUUGUUGCUGCAUGUGUUCUCAUUUUACGGUACAAAGAAAAUGAAGUAUUUGACAAAAAACAACAAACUAAAGAACCCAGGACGAUAAAAUGUAUUGCAAAGCAAUUAAUAAAUGCUAAUAAUUUAGUAUUUUCAACAAAACUCACAUCUCAAAUAGUAUCUUGUCUUGUUACAAUUUACGUUGUCGUUAGUUUUUUGUGUGCGGGAUUUAUUAUCAAAUUUUCAAACCACGUUAUCGAUAUGGAGACAUGGGCAGUUUUACUACUUAGUAUACUAAUUAUCACAAUGAUUACUGUACUUAUAUUUAUUUUUUGUCAGCCAACAUCUGAUAAAAAAAUUCCCUUUUCAGUACCACUUGUUCCAUUUUUACCCGCAACAAGUAUUCUUGUCAACUUUCUUCUAAUGUGGGGUUUGAGUCCCAUAACUUGGGUACAAUUUGCCGGAUGGAUGGUAAUUGGUCUCAUUAUUUAUUUUACAUAUGGAAUUAAGAACAGCGUAAAUCGGGCUAAGCCAGUGCCGAAUGAACUUUGCAAUUAAAAAUUCAAAAAAUUGAAGUAUUUAAAUCAAAAUUACUGACUUUUUUUGUAUGUACAUUAAUAAGAUUCUUUUGCAACAUUUUUUUUUUUAAAUAUCAAAUUUUCAUUGAUGAAAUUAUUAUAUUAAAUUUAUCGCUAUCUGUAUUAUUUUUAAAUGUCGAAAUAAAUAA